AUGCAUUCACCACCACUUCAAGACUACUUCACAAGGCUGCUCAAGGAACAGAAUGUUACUGUGUCAUCAUUGGAAGUUCAAAUUGUAGACGAUAAUGCAAGACUCUCCUCCAAAAAUAACCAUACCACAACAAGGAGGUUCAUCGGCGCGAGCAAGAGUUCCAAGACUUGUCGAUGGUCCUCAAGUCCUACGACCUCAAUCCAAAGCAGAUUGAAUGGUCAUUCCAAUUCCUAUUCAAGCCCUACUACAAAGAUGACUGUUGGUGCCAUGCUGAAUACUACUACUACUACAAGUAGACCAGCACCAAGGACCACGAGGCUGCUAAAUUGCGACAAGUGGAGUGCUACACCUGUUACAACUGUUACAAAUGUCAGCAGCAGGCCACAAUCGAUUGCCGAUGUGCCUCCCUCUGCGAAAUUUCCAAGAUCCGCGUCUGCAUCUGUCAUGCUGGUCCCCAAACGAGACCAUCCACCUCCUGCUGCCGAACAACCAGCAUCGCUUCGGAGGUGCACUUCUUUGGAUGCGCCAAUCAUGCUUCCCAUUCGAAUGAGUUCCUUUUCCUCAAAAUCAAAGGACUAUACAACACUUGACAAGGUCAGCAUGAACAGUGCCACCAGCAGCACUUCUUGUGCAAAUACACGAUUUGGAUAG